AGCAGGAAGCGAACGUGUUGUUGCGCUCCUCCGCCUACGCAGUCCCUCUCCAAGCUUUGGCGGUGUGACGUCAUGGGCCUCGUAUUGACCAGCCGCGCUACGGUGGCCGAGUGAGGUCUUUCCGUUUCCAAGGAAACCUGCGCGCUGACGCCUAAAGCGGCGGGAAUCCCAUUUACUCUCAUUUUGCCUCGUAAUUUAGAAGUUUUCAGACCCAGUGACUGACCAUGGCCCACAGAUUUUCAAAAGAAGACUUAGAUGAACAGUUUGAACAAUUUUUGAAAGAGUCUCUUUCAGAUGAUUCAUUGGGAAAUGAACCAAAGAAAAUAUCCAGUAUUCCCGAAGCUAUUGGGCCAACUAAGAAGAAACAGCCCUUGCCAUGGUGGAUAUCUGAGGAUGAUUCGGAUGAUGUUCCUAAGACAAAUAAGUUUAUCAAACAAAGUGAUGAGAAGAAGCCUAUAGAGGAUAAAGAUGAAUUGACUGAAGAUGGUGAAGAGAAGAUCCCACUUUCACAUAACCAGCCUGUUAGAGUAGUUAGUCCUAAACCCUUUUCAAGUGAAUCUUGCAGCAAGGCAUUGGCUAAAUACAAAAUGUUGGAAAAAUCACUAAAAGCAAAGAAAAGUGUGUGCUUAAACAAAGAAGAAUUGGCUGUUUCUGACAAACUUCAACAUGCUGAGGGAAAGCAUGGAGCAAGUGGCAGUUUCCUGAAGUCGCGAAGGCUUUCUCAUUCUAUUGUGGAAAUGGAUGAAGAUCAUGUGGAAGGCAUUCAGCCAGGUCAACCUAGUGGUGUUUCAGCCUCUUUAAGCAGAGAUAGCCUAGAAACUAAUGGUUCAGUUGUUGCUUCAGGGCCUAAGGAGAAUGUUUUGGGAGUUGGACUGGACACUUUGGAGGAGCAAGAGGAAAAGGAGCGAUUUUUUGCUGACCUUGAGAAAGGAGCAUCCUCUACCAUUGACUAUUCGAGAUUGAAUAAGGAGUUGGACUCCAAUGAUUCCGAAGCGUUACAGGCAUUUAUUCGACAUCAUCCAAUAGUGAACCAAGAAGAAAAUGAAGAUGAACCCAAGAAUCAUGAAAAAUCUGGUGACUACAGUGAGGAUUUUGAAGAUGAUUCAGAAUCUAACCAGGACAGUAACGUUAAACAACCUGUUAUGCCAGAAUCAAAUGAAGAAAAGAUUGGCAUGCUGGCUAAAGUUGCCCUCCUUGAUUCCCAAGACUCAACUCUGGAGACUCAAAAGGACAGUGAAAAUGAGGAUAACAUACUUACAGAACAUCAUCGUCCUAAAGAAGUCAUUGCAGAGAAUAUGAGUGGAACAGGUAUUUCCUGUGGACAAACUAACAGUGAUAUUGAAGCUUUGCAUCAGGCCUACUGCCAUGUUGAGCAGUCUUUAGGGGAUACUGAUGAGCAAAAAAACCAUGCUGAUAAAAUGGAUGCUACAAAGAAUUUGAUUAAAGAAGUUAGACAGAAUAAAGAAGACUGUCCCCCAAAUACCUCCAACACUGAUUCUGAUUUACCAACCAUAGAAGAAUUGAUGAAACCUAUCAAAGCGGAUUCAUCAUUUACCAGAGGCUAUGAUUUAGAACCUCCAAGUUCUCCAAAAAUCACGCAUGCCAACACAGAUGAAUCAGUGAGCCAUUUCCCAUUUAAAGAACACCAUAAUGUUAUAUCAUAUCCAGAGAAGACAAAUGUUGAUUCUUUGAACCACCAUAGUGAGCAAGAGAGAGUUUCUCUUCAACCAGCAGUAAAGGAGGAUAGUGAAGAUACUCUUCAGCAAAGGGCUGACAAAGACAAACUGGCUGACAGAAUUAGACAGGAUGUCCAGAUACACAAUGCUCUUCUAAAUUCUUCAGCAUUGCAUCAGGAAAACAAGCUUAAUGAGAUACACCAGCCCCGCACUUGGACUAAAGAGGGUCUCAGUUCGGUGUUGAGUAAACAGUUGAUGCAUAAGAAUGCCAAAAACGCAGCGGUCGUACAUCGAAAGAAGUCUCUCAGUGGACCUUACAGUUCUGUUAGAAGUUCUGGAUAUGGAAAAUCUAGUUCUUCAUUGAAACACUUUUCCGCAGUUCAUGAGAAGACAGGAAAAGAGAGUCCCCAAAAGCCAAUUAUGAAAGGCAGAUCUCCUCUAAAGCAGAAAGAAACAUCUGGAACGAAGGCAAUACGGCCAACAAAGGAUCCUGUUUCAAUGAAGAGAAAUUCCUGUGCCGCACCUGGACAGUCAUCUGCAAGUAGUAUUCAAGAGCAGGUUAAAGAAAAUGACUCUUUCAUCCACAAUCACAGUGUUGUUUCAUGUCCUUUCCCACAAAAUAGUGAAAGGGAGCUUUAUUUACUAAAAAGAAUUCAGGAAGCUGAGGAAAAACUGGCUUCAGCGCAUAAUUUGAUUCAGCAUCUAAAAGCCACAUCUUUGGAAAAAGAGAAGGAAAUGGAAGCAAAAAUCCUUGAAAUGAAAAUGCAGCAAGAUAAGAAUCUCUUUGAGUUAAACAAAGAGAAGUAUGUUCUUCAGACACAGUUAAAUCAUAAAGAAAACCAGAACAAAGAAACAAAAUGGUCAAACAUCUGGGAAAGAAUCCCUGCUGAAGGAGAAAUGUUGAAAGAGAUCCAAAAAGAAAUUGAAAAUCAGGAGAUGCUUCUUCAAGGGUAUCAGCAGGAAAAUGAAAGAUUGUAUAAUCAGGUGAAAGAGCUACAGCAGAAUAACAAGAAAAAUGAAGAAAAUAUGUUUAAAGAGAACCAGUGCUUAAUGACUGAAUUAGCAUCCUUACGGGAACAAGUCUAUAAAAAUAACCUGUUGUCAUGUGGAGCUCAGAAUGCCGAACCAGCUGGGAAUCAAAAUUUAACUGAUUUACUUUUAGAACUUAGAACAGCCAAGGCUAUAGAAACCAGUUUGCUUGAAGAGAGGAAGCGUCUAAAGCAAGAGAAGCAAGCCCUUGAAGUAGAUUUGGGACAAGUGAAGAAGGAAAGAGAUUUGGCCAGAGCACAGAUUUCUGCCAUUUCAGCUGAAAAAUUGUAUGAGAUGAAGUUGAUGGAGGAAUCCUACAAGGAUGAAAUUAGUCGUUUGCAGAAAAGACUCCAGUGGUAUGCAGAAAAUCAGGAGCUCUUGGAUAAAGAUGCAGCUCGUCUUCGUGGAGCAAAAGAAGAAAUUAAUAAACUGAAACUAGAGGUGGACAAACUUAGAAGUGAAGCUGGGAGUCAGCCGGCACAGCAAAAGAAAAGACUAAAAGACAGAGCAGCAGAUGCAACACGAAUUCAAGACCUUGAGCGACAGGUUAAAGAAAUGGAAGGGAUCCUGAAAAGAAGACACCCAAAUUCUCUGCCAGCUUUAAUAUAUGCUGCUGCCACAGCAGCUUGUGAAGGAGAUGGUGAUGCUUCUGCCAAAACAAAUACAGCUGAGUUUCUUGAAAGAAGAGUUAAAAAGUUAGAAGCAGAACUUGAGGGUAAAGAUGAUGAAGCUAAAAAAAGUCUCCGCGCCAUGGAGCAGCAGUUUCAAAAGAUUAAGCUUCAGUAUGAGAAAAGGAUUGAGGAACUUGAACAGCUUCUGGCGUAUAAACUGCUGCAUGAGCCACGGCAACUUGAAGACAAUGCAGCCAUGCUUCAAGAAGCACUUGAAAAAAAACUUUGUGAUAUCAAUGAAGCCCACCAGAUGACUAUAAGCAAUCUUCAAGCUGAAAUCGAUUCCCUUAGAAAGCAAAUAGGAGAAUUAGAACACCAGAAAAACACAACAGACAAUGCAGAACUGCAAUCUCUUGAGCACCAGGUAGAGCAGGCUCAUGCAAAGGCCAAGAUGGUAAGACUGAAUCAGGAAGUGAUUGCAAAAAAUAGAGAGAUCCAAGACCUCACUAAAACUGUGGAAAGGCUUCAAAAAGAGAGGAGGAUCAUGCUCUCUGAUAAAAACUCAUCUGGAAAAGCUGAUAACAAGGGAAAAUUUUCGGGAAUUUUGAAAAGGGAUCCCAGGAACACUAGAAAUGAGUUCUUUCCUGCCACUCUUGAUGAUAAAAUAUACCAACCCGAUGCCUUUGCUGAUUCUCAUGUUUCGGAAGUUCUGCAAGAAAACAUCCAGUUGAAAAAUGAAUUGGAAAAGGUGACCCUAGAACUGAACCAACAAAGAGUAUCAUCUCAAGCAGCAGUUGCAAAUUCUGAAAGUCUUGUAAGAAGAGCUAAAGAAGACUCAGAAGAAUACAUUGCAGCCCUUAAAGCAUCCCAUCAGAAAGAAUUAGAGAAGAUCCUUUGUCAACAUGCUCUGGAACAUUCUACUUCCAAAGCAGCGGAGUUAAAUAGUAAAAUUUCAACACAAGAGGUUCUUAUUAAACAUCUCCAGCAGCAAGUUCAUGAAUUCCGUAGAGAUCAAGAAGCCCUUGCCGUCUCACAAAAGAGAGAGGAAAUUCUUCAAAAAGAAAUGGCAAAACUAUUAGAGGAACUCGGAGAGGCCAGAGAAAGGCAGGCCCCCGAGAUGAAGCACUUUGUGUGUCUGGAAAGAAAGAUCAAACAGUUGGAAACCCGAUAUGAACAAAGAGAGCAAGAACUUCAGCAGGUAAUAAAGGAAACACGGCAUAUUGCUGAAGUAGAACAAAUCCAAGAGACUGAAAAAUGGAAAAAGCUGGCGCUGCUGAAAAAUCAAGAACUGGAAAAAUUUCGCAUAGAGCUGGAUUCCAUGUUGGAUGUCUUGCGGCAGCUUCAGAAACAGGGUGUCAUCAUUCCAGUUCAUUCCUCAAAUGUGUCAGAAAAUUACUGGAAGAUUUGAAUGUACAUGAGUUAAUCAGAGAAAUUUAAUAAAGAUGAAAAUAAAUAAGCUUGAAAACCACUAGUUCCACCUUUUAGGGAAUCUCUCCAUGUUUCUACUGUAUAAUCUCCUCUACUUGUCUUUUUAAAAAUUUUGUACAAAUUAAAUUAUGCUGAAUACAAAUUGGAAUGUCAA